CAUACUAAACCGCCCCCAUUUCACUUGCUCUAACCGACCCGCUAGUGACUCCCUUAUUUCCUUUUUGAUUUUGGGGAGACUCUUAUAUUCUCGAGCUCCUCACUGGUUCGCGUCAAGUGAUAAUGUCCUCUCAAAGAGGUACCUCACAGCGAGGACGGGGUGGCGGAGGCGACCGUGGCAGAGGGCCAGGUGCCAGCCGUGGUGGUCGUGGAUCAACCAAGGAGCUGCCUUUCCGCCAGAGCUCUCGCGGAAGUGAUGACAGAGGUCGAGGGGGAGAUAGAGGUCGCGGAGGUAGAGGCCGUGAUCAAGGGCCCAGAAUCUACUCUCCAGGAGGGCAGGUUCCUCCCCCAAGUCCGCAGGUUGAGAAAACCGAGAAUACUUUAGCCGCAGCUCUGGCAGCGAAGAAAACCAAGACAACUGAAUACCCUCAGCGACCCGGCUAUGGUACACGGGGUCAGCCAGUGUCAUUGUAUGCCAAUUAUUUUGACUUGAAGUCGGCUGGCAAGCAACUGUUCCGCCACCAUGUUGAGAUCUUGUCCGAAUCAUCGAGCAAGGCGCCAACAGGAAAGAAAGUUCAACGGAUCUUCAGCCUCUUGAUUGAGCAGCACUUCUAUCAGUCACAGAAGAACAUUGUCACAGACUAUAAGUCAAAUCUGGUCUCCAACAUGAAGAUCAUGGGACAGGAAGAAGUGACUCAGUACGACGUUCGUUAUCGCGGCGAGUAUGAGGAUGAAUACCCUGCAGAUGCGAAAGUCUAUCGAAUUAAGUGCCAGUUCACAGGACAACUCAGCCCAGCUGACCUUCUGGCGUACUUAACGUCCACCAACGCCGAUGCCCUGUUCAAUUCCAAGGCUGAAGUACUACAGGCCAUGAAUAUUAUCCUCGGAUUUCACCCGAAAGCAAAUGAAUCAGUUGCUGCCGUUGGCGCAAACAAGCAUUAUGCCAUACGCGGAGACCUGUCAGAAAAAUACGAUCUAGGCGCCGGGCUUGAAGCACUUCGAGGCUUUUUCGUUAGCGUUCGCGCAGCUACUGCUCGCCUAUUGCUUAACGUCCAAGUCAAGUACAUCGCAUGCUACCAAGAAGGACCGUUGGGAAGUGUGAUCAAGGAGUAUCAGCGCUCUUCCCGUGAUAUCAACGAGCUUCGUCGCUUUUUAGAGAAAGUGAAAGUCAGAGUGACACAUAUUGAGAAGAAGAACAAAAGAGGGGAGAUAAUACCAAGAAUCAAGACGAUCGCAGGUUUGGCAACUAAAGCUGAUGGCGCAGGGCAGCCUAACCCCCCGAAAAUGGCUAGACACGGUGCAGGACCCAAGGAAGUAGAAUUCUUUCUCGAAGCCCCAGGCCAGCAGCCAGCUGAAAGCGCAUCCGGCGGUACCAAAGGCAAGAAGGGCAAGAAGCCUGCGAAGGCAGGCCCUGCACCGGCUGGAAGAUACAUUAGCGUUGCAGACUUCUUUCGCCAGAAUUAUAGCAUACACAUGGAUUUUAGCAUGCCUGUGGUCAACGUCGGGACAAGGGAGAAUCCAAGCUACUUGCCCGUCGAAGUCUGUGUAAUCGAGCCGGGUCAGCCUGCCAAAUCAAAGCUCUCCUCAAACCAGCCUAGAAAUAUGCUGAACUUUGCCGUCCGGACCCCACCGCAGAACGCUAUGUCGAUAAUCAACACGGGUACCAAGGUGCUUGGUCUCUCUCCUCAAAGUCCUACUCUCGUAAACUUUGGCAUACAGCCAGAUUGCAACCUUAUCACUGUUCCGAGCCGUGUGCUGCCCGCACCUAAAGUUUACUACAAGGAUGCAAAGAAGACGUUCCAGAAGCCAGUUACACCAAUGUAUGGAAGCUGGAAUAUGAAGUCGAUCAGGUUCUCGACAUCCACCAAACUAUCGACGUGGACUUAUCUCAUAGUCGAGGUUGCAAGGGUCAGGCCAUACUUCGAGACCCAUGACGACUUGAAACCUGCUCUGCAACAGUUUACUGCCAAGCUUAACGAAAUGGGCGUUAUAGCACAGCAGCCAACCCAGGGUGAAAAAGUAACUGUUGAAAGGGGUAACUGCGAACCCCAAAUCACGGCAGCAGUUCAGAAAUUGAUGAGCAAGAAGCCCACAUUGAUCCUUUCGAUCUUGCCAUACAAUGACACAGAUAUAUACAACUGCAUGAAGAGGACAUGUGACGUAACGUUCGGCGUGCGUAACAUCAACGUUCUAGCAGACAAGUUCAAAGACGGAAGCCCUCAGUACUACGCAAACGUCGGUCUAAAGUUCAACCUAAAGCUCGGCGGUGCCAAUCAACUCCUAGGAUCAAAGGAACUAGGCAUCAUCGGAGAAGGCAAGACAAUGCUCGUCGGCAUGGACGUCACCCACCCAUCCCCCGGCUCGGCUAAGAAUGCUCCCAGUGUCGCAAGCAUGGUCGCAUCAGUCGAUGCAGCACUAGGCCAGUGGCCCGCAGAGAUCCGAGUACAAAAAUCCCGUGAAGAGAUGGUCCAAGACGUCAGUGACAUGCUGAAAGCCCACCUUCGGCGCUGGACCCGUUCGCACAACAACGCUUACCCUGAGAACAUCAUCGUCUACCGAGAUGGCGUCUCUGAGGGCCAAUACGAACUGGUAAUCCAAAAGGAGCUCCCACUCCUCAAGAACGCCUGCAAAGAAACAUACACAGCGAAUCAAACAAAAGCGGGUCUCCCACGCAUCUCCAUCCUGAUAGUCGGCAAACGCCACAACACUCGCUUCUACCCAACCCAAGAAGCAGAUUCUGACCGAUCCGGCAACCCCAGAAAUGGCACCGUGGUUGACCGUGGCAUAACGGAAGCCCGCAACUGGGACUUCUACCUUCAGGCACACACUGCGCUGAAGGGUACCGCUCGUCCCACCCACUACUACACGGUCUGGGAUGAGAUCUUCUGCAGACAGAAACCCAGCCCCCCAUACCAGAACGCCGCUGAUGUCCUGGAAGGCCUGACACAUCAUAUGUGUUAUCUAUAUGGUAGGGCCACCAAGGCUGUAAGCAUCUGUCCACCGGCGUACUAUGCGGAUCUAGUGUGUACAAGGGCUCGUUGCUACCUCAGUGGUGCUUUUGAACCAUCUCCGCCUGGGAGUGUGGUCACGGGUAGUGGGGCUGGCGUUCAGGCCGAUAACGCGGACGUGCAAAUCCAUGAGAAUGUACGCGAUACUAUGUUUUAUAUAUAGUUCGGGUGUGGUUGAGACUGCCGUGUAGUAGACCUUUAGGAAUAGUGUGCUUUGGAGGACAUGACC